AUGGCCCCAAUACUUCGGCCUAUACCCACCAAAGAAAGAAAUCAGUCUCCGCCCUGCUCACUAUCAGAAGGUCCUACAGUCAGCACGCCAGAACCUUUAGAGGAGACUUCUACUACAUCUCCAAGACCAAGUCACCCCGUUACUCCCACGCAGGGUUCUUUCUCAGUCGCUCAACCUCGGCAUACACAGCCACCACGGAGUCCAGGGACUAUUUCACCAAAUCCCUCAAAUACUGCUCCUGCUCUAUCUGAUCACUACAAUCCUUCCACAGGAGGUUUUUCGACCCUUCUUCAGCCCCAGACACCUACAAGGGCCUCACAGGGGCAUCUCUCCCCAUUCCACAACUCCCCGCGCACCGUAUCCAAUGCUUCCUCUUGCCCAAGUACCAUCUGCAAUACUCCUGAUGCCACCCACACCACUCCCACUGCUGUCAAUACUUCCCGCGCUACUCUCAAUCCUCCUACUAGCACCCACAACGCCCGCACUACUCCCACUGCUCCCACCGAUGAGGAACUCCGCCAACGCCGCAAAGCACGCAGACAAGAACUCUGCGCAGAUAUCAGCGCAAAUUAUCGCCACUACUUGGAAGUCCUCCAACUGAUGCCUCUUGACUGGCGUAGCGGCGAGCGCCCAGACCCGUAUCUGCUGAGCCUACUCGCAAACCGGAUGAUGCCGCAGGAUAGAGAGUGUGAGCUUGCGCUUGCGAUUGCGUUUGCAAAGGAAAAUUGGUGGCAUUUUGCGACGUGGCCAGAGGACGUAGAGAGAUGUGCGCGGUUGGAGUGGAACAAGAGGAGGAGAGAGGAGCAGGAGCGGAGGCAGAAGGAGCAGGAGCAGAAGCACUGGGAGUGGAUGGCAAAGAAAGAGAAGGAAAAAAGGGAGAAGGAAAAGAGGGACAGGGAAAAGAGGGAAAUGAGGGAAAAGGAAAAGGGAGAGAAAAAGAAGAGAGGAUAA